AGUCGCCACAGUCCACUCCGGCUCCACAUCAGUCAACAUGGGUCGGUGGAAACUACACAAUGUUGUGUUUCUCAUGCUUGUCUGCUGCUGCAAUGGGCAGUUUGACGUUAGUCGGCCUAGAGGAAGACCUCGUCCCCCCUGGAGUGACAGAUUUGCACCAAUAGAUAGAUACUGGGGCAUCCAUAACAUACCUCUUAAACCGACGGUCAGUUCAUCUCAGAGGUUUACUCUGAUGGCUCCAGACCUGCUGAGGGCAGACAGUCCUGAAAACAUCUAUCUGCAGGCCGACGGGGAUCAGACCGGCCCCAUCACUGUCUCAAUCACCAUCCAGGACUACACUAGGACCGCCACACUCCUCCAGGACUCCGUUACACUCAAUCAGGAAAAUGGCUUUCACGCUCUCAAGAGUAUACAGCUUUCCUCGGGCCCCUUAGAUCGUGACGAGAAAAAGAACAAGUUUGUGUAUCUGAAGGUGAAGUUUGCUGACGUUCACAAUGAGGAAAGGAUAAUGAUGGUGACUUUUCACUCUGGAUACAUCUUCAUCCAGACAGAUAAACCCAUUUACAAACCUGGAGAUAGUGUACGGUUUAGAGCCUUCGUGUCCUCUCCAGCCUUUAAGGCUUUUGACAACUCUGUCUCAAUAGAUAUCAAGAAUCCAGAGGAUGUGGUGGUUAAGCAGGUCUUCAGGGUCAAAGCUAACGAUGGCAUCUUUUCAGACACUUUUGCUCUCUCGGAAAUUGUCAACGAGGGAACAUGGACGGUGAUUGCCAAGUUUGACCACUGGCAGCAGAACACAUUCACCUCCAAGUUUGAGGUGAAGAAAUAUGUGCUCCCAGCCUUCAAUGUUACCUUAACACCCAGGCAGUCCUUCCUCUUCCUGGAUGAAAGUGAGCUGGUAGUGGAGAUAUCAGCCAGGUACCUGUAUGGGGAGCCAGUCCAGGGGACGGCAUAUGUGGUGUUUGGAGUGCAGAGCAACAAAGAGAUGAGAAGGUUAUCGUCAGUGAAGCAGGUGUCAGAUCUGGAUGGAGGAUUUGUCAGGCUGAGCAUGGAGGAGAUCAAGAGAGCUUAUCCUGACUUGAGAUCUUUGGUGGGCUCCUCUGUGUAUGUCAAGGCCUCUGUCUUGACCAAGACAGGCAGUGACCUGGUUGAAGCUGAGAAGACCGGCAUUAAAAUCGUGGAGUCUCCUUAUGUCAUAUCCUUUAAACACAUGUCAAAGUACUUCAAGCCAGGUCUACCCUUCGAUUUCAAAAUCCAGGUGAACCACCACGAUGGUUCCCCGGCCCGUAAUGUCCUGGUAAGAGUGAGUCUGCUGGAUGAUCCCCUGAUCGUCAGCUCCGGUACAGUGAGCGUUACCAUCAACAUGCCCAGCGAUCAAAUCCCACAAACCAUCACUGUUGAGACCACACAGGCCGGCCUGAGUCCAGAGCAGCAGGCCAGCCACAAGAUCGUUGUUCAGCCAUACGUCACCUUUAACAAUCGAAAGCAGAACUACCUAUACAUAUCCACUGGGACCAACACGGUGUCUGUUGGGGACAGACUGUCCCUGAAACUGUCCAUCAAGACAGCAGAACAGAGCGACAGAGACUUCAUCAAACAAAUCACCUACAUGGUGCUCAGUAAAGGCAAAAUCAUCCUUGCUGAACGCAUUGAUGUGUCCAAUCAGCUGGUCACCAGUGUCGAGCUGACGGUCACCCCGGAGAUGAUGCCAUCUUUCCGUUUCGUGGCGUUCUAUAGCAUUCCCUGGACCAGGCGUGAAGAGGUGGUGGCUGACUCCGUGUGGAUUGAUGUGGCAGAUUCCUGCAUUGGAGCGCUUAAAGUUGGGCCGGAUGGCAGACAUCGUGACUACCAGCCAGGGAAGAACUUACGUUUACAGAUCAAAGGUGACCCAGGGGCAAAAGUCAGCCUGGUGGCUGUGGACAAUGCUGUGUAUCUUCUCAAUAAGGACAGACUCACACAGAGAAAGAUUUGGGACGUGGUGGAGCACGGAGACAUCGGCUGCACCCAAGGGGGAGGCCGAGAUGCAGCAAAGGUGUUCACAGACGCAGGACUACUCUACACCUCUAGCGCUGGGUUUAAAACCAUAGUCAGACAAGCCCUGCAUUGUCCAAGCAGUGCCAGAAGGAGGCGCUCUGCUGAACUGUUACAGCGGAAAGCCCAGCUAGAGAGCCACUACAAGGAUAAGCUGCAGCAUCGUUGCUGUAAGGAUGGCCUGAGGAAAGUCCCCAUGCCGUACUCGUGCACACGACGCUCCCUCUACAUCACUGAGGGCUGGGAGUGCAUCCGGGCUUUUCGCUACUGCUGCGCCACCUACCGGGACGAGGUGUUUGAUACCGAGAUUCCGACCACAACAGCACCCAUUACCACAGCUGCCCCCACCACCACUUCUCCACCCAGGACCUUUUUUCCAGUCUUUGCUCGAGAGAGGAUAACCCUCCAACGGAGCGACUUUGAUUGGGGAUCUUCUGGGUCAUCUAACGUGCAAUUUACAAAAGUAAACAAAGCGUCGGAAGAACAUAUUCCGAUCAUGUCAAGGGGUGUGAUGAUGGAGGAGGAGGAAGAGGAGGAGGAAGAGGAGGAGGAGGAAGAGUGGGAGUACCUAGAUGAAACUCAGGUGUAUCUGCGCUCCAAGUUCUUCGAGUCUUGGCUGUGGAUUGGUGUUGAUCUGCCCAAUGAGGCUGGCAAAGACGGGUUCGCGACUCAAAACGUGGAUCGCCCCUUACCUGACAGCAUCACGGAGUGGGGAGUUCUGGCUGUCAGUGCAUCACCUCAAACAGGUUUCUGUGUUGCCGAGCCUUACAAUGUCAGAGCAUGGAAGCGUUUCUUCGUGGACCUGAGGCUGCCGUAUUCAGUGGCAAGGAAUGAACAGGUCGUGAUUAAAGCAGUUGUCCAUAACUACGGCUAUGACGACCUGCAUGUGAGGGUGGUGCUGAUGAAGACAGAUAACAUGUGCAGCGUCGCCUUCAAGGACAGACACACACAGGACAUUUUGGUGCCGGCCGGCUCUUCUAUUGCGGUGCCUUACACCAUCGUACCACUGGUGGUGGGCAAGCUUCCUCUGGAGGUGAUGGUGGCAGACAGGGACAUGAUGGGAACAGACCGCAUCCAGAAAUUGCUACGUGUGGUGUUGGACGGAGUGCAGAAAAUUAAAGUUUGGAGUGUGGUGUUGAACCCAUCUGCUCAAGGAGGAACACAAUCAGUUCGUGUGGGCAAGAUCGAACUGGAGUCAGUUGUGCCAAACUCUGUGCCAGAGACAUUCAUCAAUAUCAGAGGGAACGUGUUGGCAGACAGCAUUGAGAACUCUAUCAGUGAGGACUCUUUGGCGUCUCUGAUCAGGAUGCCCGGUGGCUGUGUGGAGCAGAACUUGGCUAGCAUCACUCUGCCGCUCAUUGCCACCCUCUACCUGGAGCGAACCAACAACUGGGAGAGUGUUGGGGUGCAGCGCAGGGGCGAGGCUCUUGGAUACAUUAAGAAAGGCUACGAGAACCAGUUGGCAUACAGAAAGAGCGAUGGCUCCUACCCCCCCUACAGGCGGGAAGGUGCAAGCACAUGGAUCACAGCGUACGUGGUGAAGGUUUUCUCCAUGGCUCACUCCAUCAUCGGCAUCGACGAGCAGCAAGUGUGUGACCCUCUGCUCUACCUGGUGAAGAACAAAGCCAGAAUGCAAAGGGGAGACUUUGUAGAGGACAACCCGGUUUACACCACGACCAUGACUGGUGGUCUCCGUGGUGAUGACCCUGAGGCGACCCUUACAGCCUUCGUCGUCAUAGCGCUUGCUGAGGCAAAGCAGACAGGAGUCCGCUGCACUGGUGCAGAAGUGGAGGCUGUUAUAAGUAGGGCAGGCACAUACCUGGCGAAAGUGCUGGCGAGGACGGGGAGGAGACCGUACACAGUGGCCAUUGUCUCAUAUGCGAUGACUCUGCUUAAAAAACCCUUCAGCCCACAGUCUUUACUCGGAGCUGCAGCUGCAGGUGGCAGCCACUGGCCUGACAGGCAGAACUCCUUGUUCACCCUGGAGGGGACCGGCUAUGCCCUGCUAGCAUUGGUGAAGAUGGGCCGCAUGCAGGAAGCUGAAGUACCCUUCAGAUGGCUGAACAGCCAGCGGAGGAGAGGAGGGGGCUUCGGUUCUACUCAGUCCACCAUGGUGGUACUCCAAGCGCUGUCAGAGUACCUGAUCAACAAACCUCCUCCCAAUGACCUCAGUCUGGAUGUGGACGUGAGAGUGAGAGGCCGCCAGGAAAUCCGUUACAAUUUCAACCCUGAGACCGCCUACGUUGCUCGCUCCUCCAGGUUGCCUCCUAAUCUUGACCUGAGCGUGGAGGCACGAGGGAACGGAGAGGGAAUACUAGAGGUUGUGACCUAUUACAACCAGCUGCAUGAUGUGGAUGAGAAAAUGCCCUGCGAGCACUUUGAGCUCAAUGUCACAAUCGAGGAAUCCAGCGAGAAGAUUCCAGCAGAUAUAGAAAAGUCCUACCAGAUCACCAUCAAAGUGAGGUCUUUAGGACCAAGAGAUGUCAGGAUGGUGGUCCUGGAUAUCAGUCUGCCUACCGGCUUCACCCCUGAAAACUCAGACCUGGAGAUGUUGUCCAACUCAGUGGACCGUUACAUCAAUCACUUCCAGAUCGUUGAUAACCUGAGUGACAGAGGCUCUCUGAUCAUCCACCUGUUCAAGGUGUCUCAUAAAGAGCCAGAGAUCCUGAUGUUCAGGCUUCAGCAGAGCUUCAAAGUCGGACUCCUCCAGCCUUCUUCAGUCACUGUCUAUGAGUAUUAUAACCCAGACCACCGCUGCAGUCGUACAUACACUCCCACUGAGGAUACAGAGGCGCUCACUCAGAUCUGCUCUGCUAACGCCUGCCGCUGCGUACAAGGUGACUGCUGCAUCUCCAAACGUGACAAUGAAAACUUCCCCAACAAAGAAAGAGAAGUAUUUGCCUGCAAGACGUUACACCACGUUUUCCAGGUGAAGGUGCUGAGCGUCAGCAAGAGUUAUUAUGACAAAUAUGAGAUGGAGAUCACAAAAGUUAUCAAGCUGGGUCUGGAGGCAGGAGUGGUAGCUGGUCAGAAGACUUUUUUUAUGUCUCAUGGAGGCUGCAGAGAUGGGCUCAACCUGGAGGUGGAUUCUCAGUACCUCAUCAUAGGCCCCAAAGAUGACGCGUGGAACAUUAAUAGCGACACAAACAGAUUCAUCUACAUGCUCGGGAAGGACACCUGGGUGGAGCGCUGGCCUUCGUCUGCAGAGUGCUCCAGCAAUACCAGCCUGCAAGCGAAAUGCACACACCUUAAUGAUGUAGCAGAAGAAUUGUCUGUCAAUGGCUGCAGGGUGUAGAGCUGUCUGAGAGAUGACAAAUAACUGUGUACACAAAGAUUUAUUGUUCAUUAUAACCCACUCUGUGCAAUAAGGACACUGUAUACAAAUGUAUUUGUGUUUUCACCGUGGAAAAGUGAACAGAAAGUGAUAAAGCAGAAACGUGUUCCAUUAGAUUAUUCUCUACUCUGAUUAUGUAACAUAAGAAUGAGGAAAAAGUAACUACCACUGGCAGGAACAAUGCAAAACAAAAUAUCCAAAUUUUCACAAUGUGUAAUAAGUCUAACAUGAGCUAUGACACAUAUGUGUCACUCUUGUUGCAGAUCCUUUACAUUAUUUCACCUUUAAAGUUUGACAAAUGUUGUUGAGGUUUACAGGUCAAUGAUUAUUCUUUGUUGUUGUGGCAAAAAGCAACAUGAUGUUGAUCUACAGGAUAGUGAGUGACCCUGCAGUCUGAACUUACAAAAGCUAAGGAGGAAGUUGUCUUGAACUGCAACUUUCAUUUGUGUUCAGGAGACCAUAAGACCAGAUCAGAGUCUUAAAAUAAACCAGACUUCCUCUUCACAUCGUUGAUAUGCAUGACUAGCCCGCAUUCCGGUAAAAGCAAAAAAAAAGUACAUAAGAAAAUGUUUGUUGUUGAUUUACAAACUGUAUAUGAACGUUAUACUGUGAUAUAUAUAUAUAUAUAUAUAUAUAUAUAAUAGAGAAUGAAAGACUAAUUUUGUGGCCUGAUUGUUCUAAACCUGCACUGUAUUCUGUCCUCUUUUUUUCUUCUUCUUGUAAACAACAAUGGGCGGGCCAGUAUCUAAAAGAAUAUCCUGUCAGGCCCUCUCUCAGUGGUGCCUGACAAUUAUGUGACAGAUAAUACACUAAGACAUUGAACAUUACCUUUACAAUAUGAUUUAAAAGAUGUAUUGCGUUAAUAAGAACAGCAAAAAGCCUCAUGUUGCUUUUAAAAUAAAUAAUUGCUAGUAGUAGUAACUUAUUUUAGACUUUACACUUUAGGGUUUAUUGUGCAUAGUACAAGUCAUUUUGAUAGUGGAAGAGGGAAAUCAAAAUUUAGUCCGUAACCAAUCACAAAAAUACUAUUAACAUCAGUAAUGGAAGAUAUUAAAACAAUUGUUGGCAAGGUUCAGUGAUCUCUAAGCCACUGCUUUGAGGUUGCUAGGAAACCAGCCAUGGCUGAUAAGUCACUGCACCUGGCCAGGAAAUAGUCUGGCACAUAGAUUUACUGUAAGGCCCUCUGAAAACCACAACUUCUCAUUUUUACACUUCUGUUCUUGUAAGAUAAUUAAAAGGAAGUUUUAUAUACUUGUGACCUCUCAUCACAGGUUAUGUGGAUUGGUAUGGACAUGAAAGCUUCUGACCUGUGUUUGAAACCACUUUGAUGUUUCUAAAAACAUGUUUUUCAUACAUAUUGCUAACAUAUAAUACAUGACUCUGUAUACACAAAUGUAUAUGAAAUAUUAUCCAACACCUAUUCAUUAGGCCUAACAACAGAAGUAUAUAUACUCUCUUAUAAAUACAUUUUCUUUCAAAUAAAACAAUAAAGAAUGAUACAAAAAUAAACAAA